GGGAAGCAGGAUGAAAAAGAAAACAGCACUAGUAAUAGCGAUUUUCUGUUUUUCAUCCAGUUUUGGAGUUGUUCAUGGAAAUAAAAACAAAAGUGCCGGUUACAACCUGUACAAGAACCUUAUAUUUGAUCAAGGAUACAAUCCAAAUGUGCGUCCUGUAGUGGAUACCAGGCAAAAAACUACAGUAAAUGUCAGUUUAAAUGUAAUAAGUAUCAUAGAUUUAAAUGAAAUCUCUGAGACAUUGACCCUCACAGCAAAACUUAAGCUUUACUGGUAUGACGAAUAUCUUACGUGGGAUCCUGUUAUGUACAAUGGAUUACAAAGUAUGAACAUACCACAGAGCAAUGUCUGGAAGCCAGAUAUUGCGUUGGAGAACUCUGUUGAAAGAUAUCGUGAUAUGGGAGGUAAGCAUAUGUAUGUCGCAGUAACACACCAAGGAUGCAUGCAAUGGAAACCUAUCGAAGUUUUUAGGUCAACUUGCUCCAUCGACGUCACAAAAUACCCAGUAGACAUUCACAGAUGUUGCCUAUAUUUCGAAGUUUGGAGUCAUACGGAUGGAUCUGUUGAAAUUACUAAUGCGUCUGACCACGUGAUCUUACAUGAUGAAUAUGACGGUCAUCCACAGUGGAAAAUAAUCGAGUCUACGGCUGAAGAAAAAUCAAUUGGCGGUGACAGUUACGUUGUGUUUUGCUUAACGCUUAAACGUCAGUCCAAUUAUGUCAUGUUAAAUGUCAUACUGCCAAUAGCACUUCUAUCUUUACUCAACAACUGUGUAUUUCUUUUACCGGCGUCUUGUGGAGAAAAAGCGAGUUUUUCUGUAACUGUAUUCCUAUCGUUGAGCGUGUUUCUUACUAUUGUUAGCGAACAGUUACCAAAAGCGUCUAAUAAAGUCUCCAUGUUCAACUUGUACGUUUUCAUUCAGGUAGUUCUAAGCACAAUGAUAACCGUGACGUUGUUAGUUCAGAUCCGACUCUAUCACAGGGACGAUGAACGUGAAGUUCCAACAUGGCUCCGAAGUUUGGUCAUUUCCUGCGGACAGUUUGCGAAAAAGCGAUCAACGUUGAAACAGAGUGAGUUGGACGCUACCCUAAGUGAAACUAAUAUUAUUCCAUCUAAGGCGACAGAAUCUCAACAACAAGCGUCAGAGAACGAGGACAAGAACGAGAACGCAUCAUCAGAAGAUUCUAAUCACGUCACAUGGAGAUGUGUUGCUGAUUGGAUGGAUCUAGUUAUGUUUGUUGGAUAUACUAUCUUGAAUAUAGUAUGCAGUGCAGCUCUCGUACUUUGCUCCGUUUCUGUCUGAAAUGCUCCAGCUUCAAUGACUUGACAUACCAAACGUCAAAAAAAUGGACCGAAUAAUUGCGUACCAAACGAUAAAAGUGUGUUACGAUAUACGCAAGUAGGGGUCAAAUUGACUUAUCACUAUUAAAUCAAAUGUAAGCCUAUACCGGUGCAUUUAUAUAACAGUCCAAAUCAUUUUGUUUUCCUUUCUUGUGCCCGUUCUCAAUAACAUUGUAUUUUCUUUUCAUCUGCUGCGUUACAAUAAAAGAAAUUUGCAUGCCUCUGUCGCUUGCUAGUAAUGAAUACUACGGCGAAAUUUAUGUCUUGGAAAGAGAUACUGAAAGAAGCGAAAAGGUAAAAGUGUUGAGAAAGAAGCGAAAAGGUAAAAGUGCAAUUACUUAUAAAUAUAUAUAUAUAAAUACACCAACUUUUCAUUCUCUAAGU